CCAGAGCACUUUGAGUCCGGCAAAAUAGCUAGCGUGCCGAAAGGUUUGUCGGGAAACGUUGACGUCUUUUGAAUGCGACGCGUUUGUUGACAAGUACAGGAGUAAUGGCUCUAUUUCCAGCCUUUGCAGACUCUUCUAGUUCUAGUAAGAAAUCUCCUUCACGCCAAGAGUUGGACUGGCUGAGCAACAAGAGCUUCUGCACAGAAGACGCUCUUUCACUACACCAGCGUGCUUUGCAGUCUGCACAAUUUCCUCAACCUGCAUGCCACUCACCCAGGAGUCCAUUUCAGCAAGAGCUGUUUGAAGAAAGUGGAUCUGAUUCUCAGGCAACAAAGAAGAAGAAGAAAAAGAAAAAAAAAAAGAAACAGAAAAAAAAGCACAAGCAAAAGAGGGGUUAUGAUGAGGAUGAAGAAGGGAAUACAAGUGACUCUGACUCAAGGCCUGAGACAAGGGAAUCUAAAGAGACUGAAAGUGUGGCAAGUAUCUCAAUAUUCAGUUUCUCUGCCAGGCAGGACACUUGUGUUGUGCUCCCUGGCCGUGGUAUCUGGCUAGAUGAAGUGCAGUCUGUGACAGAGGAGACAUAUCGAAUUGAUAAGAAAUCUGACCCUGCCAACUGGGAAUAUAAGUCACUGUACCAAGGAGACAUAGCACGGUACAAACGGAAAGGAAAUUCCUGUCUGGGCAUCAAUCCAAAGAAGCAGCAAAUUAAUUGGCAGGACGCAUUAUCUGAGAAGAAAGAAGCACGCAGGAAAAAUGAGCGUUAUUUUACCAAGAGCACAAUGCAGCUUCUCAGUGCCAAUGCAGAUUUUGUGUCUUGUAAGGAAAGUGCAAGUCUGAAAUCAGGGGAAUUUAUUCCUGUGUUAGAUCCUGAUAAGGAUGGUGUUAUUUCCUCCAGUGGCCCUAUUAGCUGGGUGAAUCCUUUGGGAGUGUAUGAUUCUUCUACAGCUCUGUGGUUGGAAGGAAAAGGGGGUCCAGAAUAUGAUACUAUACAGCCAGUACCCCGGGACAACAAUAUUUUGGCAAAGGUGGAGGAUUAUAACAAGCGGAUCAGAGAAUGCCCUAACGAUAUCCAACUAUGGAUGGAGUUUGUCUCUUUUCAGGAUGAGUUGGUGAAGCAGCCCAGCAUGUAUUCUACCAGCAAAGGAGAGCUUGAUGGCCAUCGGACAUCUGUGAAGCUGCUACUGGAGAAAAAACUAGCUAUACUAGAAAGAGCCAUUGAGAGUAAUCCGGGCAGCACUGAAUUAAAGCUUGCAAAGCUAAAGCUCUGUGAGGAAUUCUGGGAGGCACCCACUCUUCUCAAGGAAUGGCAGAAACUGAUCUUCUUGCACCCAAAUGACUCGCAGCUGUGGCAGAAAUAUCUGCUCUUCUGCCAGGGUCAGUUUAGCACUUUCUCUGUGUCCAAGAUGAACAGUAUUUAUGGCAAAUGCCUAAGCACACUGGCAGCAGUUCAGGAUGGUAUUAUGCUUUCCCACAAUGCUCUGCCAGACACAGAGAGCAACAUGUAUGAUAUUUUUCUGCAACAGUGCCAGUUCUUACGCCAGGCUGGACACACAGAGAAAGUAAUAUCCUUAUUCCAAGCUCUUACUGACUUCACAUUUUAUAAACCGGACAGUGUUAAGGAUAUGACAACCAAAGAGCAGGUUGACUUUUUUGAGCCUUUUUGGGACAGUGGGGAACCUCGUUUUGGUGAGAAAGGAGCAAAGGGAUGGAGCUCCUGGAUGCGCCAACAGGAGAGAGGGGGCUGGAUCAUCAUUAACAAUUUGGUGGAGGAUGAUGAAGACGAAGCAGAUGAAGAGUUAAGCAUAAGAGGCAAAAACUGUCCCAGAUACAAGAUUUGGUUGGAUGUUGAAUGCUCAAGGGAAGCAAGGCACUGGUUGCCAUGGCGUCCAGACACCACAAAAAAGCAGACAGAGGAUGAAUGUGAGGAUCCAGAGAGGCAGGUUCUUUUUGAUGAUAUUGGCCCGUCAAUGUUCAAGAUCACCAGUCCUCAAAUGCAGUUCCAGCUCUUUAAAUCAUUCCUGCAUUUUCUUGGGGUCCCCUGUGGGGCUAACAUUUCCCCACGCUGCUUUUACCUUGCUCUUGAUGAGACCUCCAUCUUUGAUCAUGUUUCUCCUUAUGAAAUGCUGCUUAACUCGUUUGAAAUCCCUCUGUCUGGAAUCGGUACAGUUGGUCAUUUAGACACAUUAAGCAGAAGCAGGCAACAAAUAGGAUACUUUAAAGAAGGGGAAACCUUCAUACAAAAUAUCUUUCAGUCAGCUCUGUCACUUUUACAUGGAGAAGAGAAGAGGAACAUCUCAGUUUGGUGGCUUCAGUAUGAAAUUUCAAAGGUUGUUUGGUGCCUGCAAGCAAAUAACAAGAAAAAGCUGAGAUCUCAGGGCAAGAGGAGCAAGCGAUUGGCAAAGAGCCUACUGAAGGAAGCAUCAAACAGAAACAGUCUGGCACUCUGGAAGGAAUAUGCUCUUCUAGAAUGGCUUCUGGGCAAUAUUGAUGAUGCCCGAAAGGUGUUUGAUACAGCCAUAAGCUUAGCAGGAAGCAAAGGGUUAAAGGACCAGGAAUUAUGCAGUUUGUGUCUGCUGUAUUCAGAACUGGAAGGGAAGCUACUGGACAAUCCAGAGGAAAAUGCGGGGUCCCGUGCUGUUCAUAUACUUACCAGCCUUACAGAAAGCUCUCCUUACACUCCCUAUAAUAGCCCUGAGCAUGCUAUUAGUAUUCUGAAAGCACGCAAAGUAUAUGAACACGCCAUGCAGGACUGCCUGAGGCAACAGCCACAUUGGGGGCGUGUUAGCUUAUCUGGAUGCUUUGCACUUUUUCAGUAUCUAACUGUGAGCGUUGAUGCUGCUGUUGUGGUAUUAAGACAGGCUGCUGACAUCCCAAUGACUCCUGAAACAUUGGACAAUGUUGCUCAGAACGCCAGCAGCCCAUUGCAAGCAAUUACACUGAUGCACACAAAUCUGCUCAGACACCAUUAUAAGGUCAGUGUCUAUCCUCUGAGUCCACUUAGAGACAUACUGAUGUCUGCCUUAAAGACAUAUCCCUGCAAUGUUUCUCUGUGGAAAUCCUACAUCAGAACUGAAGGUAAAUUACACAAUGCCAGCAGGGUGAGAAGGUUUAUAGACAGUAUCAGGAGAAUGACACCAGCUCUGGAACCAUGUCUGUUCGCCAUCAGAGCAGAGGAGGACAGAAAAAAAAUAGUAGAAUCUGUACAAAGGCCAGAUCAAGGGGAGGUUCACUCUAUUUUCCCUGAAACUGGUUUGUCCAAUCGAAUCAAGGCCCUUUUUGAAUAUGCUCUUCAAAGUGAAUAUGGUUCCAGGUGCCCUCUGCUCUGGAGGCUGUACUUGCACUUUAUGGUGUCUUUGGGAAACAAGGAGAGAAGCAAAGGCCUGUUCUACAAAGCAAUACAGAGCUGCCCAUGGGCAAAGGCACUAUACUUGGAUGCUGUAGAAUAUUUCCCGGAGCAGCUGCAAGAGACCAUUGAUCUAAUGACUGAAAAGGAGCUGAGAGUACGAGUUCCCCUAGAGGAACUGGAUCUGCUGCUGGAAGAUUAAACCACAGAAUUAUUGAAUUGUUUCCCUUCUGGGCAACAUCUCUAAAGCAACAAACUUGUACAAUACAUUUUAUAAUAUAUAUUUAUUUUUAAGGAAAAACAAUAAAAUACAUCCACACCCAAAAGUUUCCGCUUUAUAAAUGUGCAAGAUAAGUAGGUUGGUUCUUUUUCCCAAAAAUGAUGUGUGAGUUACUUAACUCAAACAGGGUGUCCUUUAUGAUUGCUGGAGCCGAAAGGCUCAACCAGUCAUAAAUCUGCCCCUUAGAUUGACUUCUUUGAUGCCAAAUGUAUUGCUCUUUGUCUACCCCAGGCCAAAAGAGUUAAAUCAUAUUAGCUUGUGAAGAUGCAGUUUUAAGACUGUGCCACAACAAGAUAUCAGAUAUACUUAUGUUAAAUUGCAACAAGACAUAGAAUUUUAUAUUUCAAAAUGUUAAGCGCUCACAUGACCAAUAAUCCAAAGAUUUGCCAUUAACACCAAACGCUCACCAAUUGCGAGUGAUUUAUGAUGGUAUAGAAUAAAGAUUCUGUAACUUGUUUUUUCAUUU